AUGUCUGAACUCGAAUCCCGGUUCGUCAAGCGUGGUCUAUGGACAGACCUGGAUAGGGGCUAUGUGAUGGGUAAAACUAUCACGGCGGACACUCAGACCGGAGCAUUCGUCAUUGCGCUACUCGCCAUCCUAUCUUCUUUGGCGACGGCCCACUUGUGGCAUCUUGUCACUUUCUUCAUCCACCAGCUGCGAGCCAAUGGACGACCCAGAGACGCGCUUUUCCGGCAGCAACAGGCCAUCCUUCGAACACUGCCAACUCCCGGAGCGCUGAUUGCCGACUCUCUUAAGCUCUUCUGGCACUGGAGGAUCAAGGAGGGCACAUGGUUAGCUUUGGCACGGCUAUCGUUCUUGGUGGUUCUUGCCGGACUCUUCGUGGCUAUGACGUGGGCCGCCAGUAUCUUCUCCUCUCUUGUGGUCGAUACAUCGCAUCUCCGUGUGCUUGUCGACAGUCCUUAUUGCGGAGCCGUGAAUCUGACAUUCGAGACCAUCAACGAUAUCGGGCUCUCGUAUCUGACUGAGAUUGUUUCGGUGGCUGAACCAUUCGCUGAGGAGUGUUACUUGAAUCACAAUGAGUCGCUACCGGCACUGUGUGAUGCCCUCAUCCGUCCAAAGCAGCUGUUCACAAUGGAGAACGUUAGUUGUCCUUGGGAUCCCUCUAUGUGUGCGGGUGGAGACAAGCCCGCCAUCCGAAUAGACUCUGGCCUCAUCGACCUAAACGAAUUCGGCCUCAACCUACCACCUCCGGAUCGCGUCCAGUUUCGGAAGGCCACCACGUGCGCCGUCUUGCCCCUGGAGAAUCGUACAACGAUUAUUCCCGCUUCUGAAUUCCAGGAGUUGAACCGUGAAGCGCUCCCGGAGGAACAGCUUCUGCUCAUGUUCUAUGGAGAUGUUCUGUACUAUGAGUACUGGAAGAAUGCUACGUUCCUGUGGUCGUUAGCCGCGGCUAAUACAACCACAAAAUUUGACUCACGCGCGGCUGGCUCCUCCGACUGGUACGAGUUCGGAAGCCAGAUUGCACUCCCUGAGAUGCAAGGAAACAAUUCGGACAUAGCAUAUAGGCUGAUCGCGAAGAACUAUGUCAUGUAUCGGGAGCCAAACGAGGAUUUGGUCUUUUCUGCACACAAGACCAAUCCUACUAUUACGAAUCUCGGGCAGAAAGGAGAUCGAUACUAUUCCGACUUCCCAGUCUCAGUCGUCGCAUGCGCUCAGCAGUUCAGUGCGCUUCCUGGAAACCCGACCAAAGACAAUUUCCCAACGGCGAGUGAUGUCCAACUCGCCGCCUUACGAGUUCUCGUCACUUCAGGCGCUAUGUUUGAUCAGCUGUCUUCUAAAACCUUCGAUGCCAUGGGGGAUAAUUGGGACGGCGAAGUUAUCUCUCUCCCAAAUGACCAAUGGCAACGAGAGGUUGUGCGAUGGGAGGCAAUCGCUUGGGCGGGCUUACAAGCUUUGCUCACCGACUUUGCCAUUGGACCCAAGCAUCGCGACCCAAAUGCCGACUCGUAUGUCAAGCAGGCGUCAACGCCUGGAGAGAAGCAGCUGUGUCAGUCGCAAAAGAUGCAGAAGUCAGGAGGUUUCGUCAACAUCAAUGUCUUCGGCUUUGUGUUCAUCAUCGCCGUCUCAUGCGUCGUCGUAACGCUCGACAUCACACUACUCAAAUUCCUCAUCUUCAUCAGCGAAUUCCAGCGUCUCACACACCUGUCCGCUCGUCUUAAUCGAUGGACGCAAGAGGGAGUCCUGCAACUCCAACGCCGAGCUUACGAGGCGCAUGGCAGAGGGGCAUGGAUGAACCUCGAAGAAGACGUUCCGUUGACUAGUGAGAAGGAAGUACUUGAAGACCUGCCUAUGGAGUCGAUACCUUUAUCUAGUAUAUUCGUCGACUGCAAAGAGUCGAACAGUUCGAAGGAUAGAAGCAGUUAUGAGGAGGAAUUCUCGCCUCGGCCGUUACCGUCUAUGAAGACGUGGGCGACGCAGGAUACAAUUGUUUCUGUCGGUCAAAACUCACUGGCAGAAUCCAAAUCAAAGGGGUCUACCUGGCGGGAAGAGAAAGAGUAG